UUUUUUCACUCUCUCCCCCUCUCUGACUAGUCUCAGCCGCCGAAGCUCUCAAUUCGCAUAAUACUCUCUCUCUCUCUCUCUCUCUCGAUCCCUCGCUCUCUCUCUCUCGAUCGAUCGAUCGAUCUUAUUGCUUGGAUUGGUCGCAAAAUCCUGAUCGUGGAAGGGAGUUGAGAUCUAGGGUUUUGAACUUUUUUGGUGGUUGGUGGGGGACAAUGCAGCGGCCGAUGAGGUUGGAGAGGUCGGGGACGAUGACGAGGGAGAAGCGCGGGUUGGACGCCGCCGCCGCCGCGGAGGGCGAGGAUCUCCGCCCCGAGCCCAAGCGCCAAAAAGCCCCGGCGCUCGCAAGUGUGAUUGUGGAAGCGUUGAAGCUGGAUAGUCUGCAGAAACUUUGUUCAUCACUGGAGCCCAUCCUUCGUAGAGUUGUGAGCGAGGAAGUGGAACGUGCCUUAGUCAAGCUCUGUCCUACUAGAAUUGCCGGAAGGUCUUCUCCAAAACGAAUCGAAGGCCCAGAUGGGCGAAACCUGCAGCUGCAUUUCAGAUCAAGACUAUCCCUUCCCCUCUUCACUGGUGGAAAGGUUGAGGGGGAGCAAGGGGCAGCAAUCCAUGUUGUACUGCUCGAUGCAUCUACCAACUGUGUCGUGACAACGGGACCCGAAUCGUGUGCUAAACUGGACAUUGUCGUCCUCGAGGGUGACUUCAACAAUGAGGAUGACGAGGGCUGGACAGAAGAGGAGUUCGAGAGCCACGUAGUGAAGGAACGAGAAGGAAAGAGGCCGCUCUUGACUGGGGACUUGCAUGUGAAUUUGAAAGAAGGUGUCGGUACUAUGGGGGAGAUUACUUUUACUGAUAACUCUAGUUGGAUCAGGAGUAGGAAGUUUAGGCUUGGCUUGAAGGUUUCGUUGGGCUUUUGUGAAGGAACGCGGAUUCGUGAGGGGAAAACCGAGGCUUUCACAGUUAAGGAUCACAGAGGAGAAUUGUACAAGAAACACUACCCACCAGCGUUGAAGGAUGAUGUUUGGAGAUUGGAAAAGAUUGGGAAGGAUGGUUCGUUCCACAAGAGGCUGAAUAAGUGUGGAAUCUAUUCAGUUGAAGAUUUUCUCAGGCUACUUGUUAGGGAUUCACAAAGAUUGAGAAAUAUCCUUGGGAGUGGUAUGUCGAAUAAGAUGUGGGAAAGCCUUGUGGAACAUGCGAAGACUUGCGUCUUGAGCGGAAAGUACUAUAUAUACUACUCUGAUGAGACGAGGAGUAUUGGAGCUAUUUUCAACAAUAUUUACGAGUUUUGCGGCCUUAUUGCUAGUGGGCAGUAUUAUUCUGUGGAUAGUCUUAAUGACACUCAGAAGCUCUUUGCGGAUACAUUGGUGAAAAAAGCAUAUGAUAAUUGGAUGAAUGUGAUUGAGUAUGAUGGAAAAGCACUUUUGAACUCUAAGCCGAGCAAGAAGACAACUCCCACUUUACAAAAUGAGGCUCCUCCCGUUCCAGCAAAUUACCCUGCUUCAUACGAUCAGCAUGUCUCUCAAACCCACAUUUCGGCUUUGGCUCCUUUAGAACAUCAGCCAUCAACGGAUACAGGAAUCCCUGGAGGAGAUGGUACCAUUUCCGCUGGCUAUAACGGAAACCAAGUAACCAGAUACUCGACUCAACCUCAACAACUACCAUCUAAUUCUCAUACACAGUUCCAUAACUCUUCGCUAACCCCUCACGAACAAUUAAUCGGAUCAAAUCACCAACCGCUGGUUUCAAGAAACGACAACAUGGGCCUAGCAUCGGGCCACUCAAUACAGCAGUCAGCCCUAGAUGGCUUCUUCUCUGAGGAGGAGAUCCGAAUGCGGAGCAACGAAAUGCUCGAAAACGAGGACAUGCAACAACUGCUCCGAGUCUUUAGUAUGGGGGGCAAUUCCGUCAAUUUGCCGGAAGAUGGGUACUGUUUUCAAUCCUACAUUCCUUCUCCGUGCCCUAAUUUCAACUUUGACGAGGACCGAAGCAGGGCUUCUGGAAAGGCUGUGGUGGGUUGGCUUAAGAUAAAAGCAGCUAUGAGGUGGGGAAUCUUUGUCCGAAAGAAAGCGGCCGAGAGGAGAGCUCAGCUGGUUGAGAUUGAAGAUUAGGGUUAGUAUUGCUUCAUCGGUUGAAUUGUCGUCUUGAUGGUUCUUACUUUAGUACCAAAGGGUCAGUUGCUAAUUUCAGUUAAGUCUGCGCGCUUAUCUGUAAUUACGAAUCCUUUGUACAGUAAGUUUUUUUUUUAGCUCAGUAUCCUUACUGUUUCCUUUCCUUUUUUUUUUUUUUUUUUUUUUUUUUUUUUUUUCUGUUUUUGUGAUUAAUAUGUUGUUUGUUGAGAUAUUUUGAUGAGAGGGUCCAAUAAUUAGUAGUGCUUGCGAUGUGGAAACCUCAUAUUCUCCUAACUAGAUUCUCAGCAAUUUUAGUCAAAUUCUAGUGAAGUUAUGAAACUGUUGUUGUUAAUUCCACUUUUUAAAUGAGAUAGUUGACUACA